GGGCAUCGUUUAUACGCCAUCGGGGUCAAAGUUCAGUUCGCCUCUCAAAAUGGCGGCUGAACCAACACGGGAGUGGACUGAUGAGCAGCUGAAAAGUGAUGAUUUUUCCAAAAAAGACAUUAUACAGUUUAUUCAGGAUAAUGCAACCCAUUCGUUCCUCAACGAGCACAAGUUGCUGGGAAACAUGAAAAACGUUGCAAAAACAGCGAAGAAAGAACAACUGGUCAUUGCCUACAAUCAGCUGUUUGAGAGCAAAAGUUUUAAAGGCACGGAACCGGUAGAGAACGUGACUGAACAGAUAAAAGCUGUGAAAAUCGAAGAGAAGCCCCAAGAAGUCAAAGCAGAAGUUGUGGAUGAGGGUCCACCCAAGUACACAAAGUCGGUGCUGAAGAAAGGCGACAAGACCAACUUCCCAAAGAAAGGGGACACUGUGAGCUGUUGGUACACUGGUACCCUGGAAGACGGCACUGUAUUUGACACCAAUAUUCCCACAGCUGCCAGAAAGAAGAAGCAAGCAAAACCACUGAGCUUCAAAGUUGGCAUGGGCAAAGUCAUCAAAGGAUGGGACAUGGCCCUGCUAACAAUGAGCAAGGGUGAAACCGCUCGGUUGGAGAUAGAACCAGAGUGGGCCUACGGAAAGAAAGGAGUCCCAGAGUCGAAAAUUCCUCCGAAUGCAAAACUGAUUUUUGAAGUUGAACUGGUGUCUGUGGAUUAACAAAGAUGCUGGUUAGCAAGUAUCAUUACAAAGAACACCUUGCUGUAAAUAAAGUUAGGAUAUAAGGUUCUUUUCUUUUUCAGUGACACAUCAAGACAAUGACACCGUUACAAUGUUUGGACUAGAAUGGGCCUGUCAGUAUUGUAUAACCCAGUAAUUUUGAUCUUUGCAUGUACAGAGACAAAUAAAGCCAUAUCAGUUCUCCUCUAAA